CCGCAGCAGCAGCAGUCUUUCGCUCUGGUAACACACAAAAUACAAUAUCACGAUUAUUCACUGUGUUCACAGUGAAUAGUGAUAGAAAAAAAAAAAAAAAACGAAAAGAAAAAAAUCAAACCGAAAACGGGAUAAAAAUAUCGAAGACGUAAAAGAAGAGAAGACUGCGAUAAAACGUCGUAAAAUCGAACGCGUUCCGUUUUUCAAAUUUUUGUCACCCGACGUCGAGCACAGAGUGUUUUCGUUCUUCCCGUUACCGACUUUUUUUUUUUUUUUUUUUGUUAUUAAAUUUUUAUUAGUUUUCCGCCGCCGCCGAGACGCUGACCACGACGGUUUAUUGUUGCCGGACGCCGACCGACGUUUUCGUCCCGAACCCGUCGAUUCCGUUAUCGCGCCCGAUAGAAUAUCGCGUCGUCCACUUGGCGGUUGAUACCGACGACACGGAUGUCCAUCGUCUGAGAGGAAUUGAAAUCACUCGCGAACGUGGCGCGAUCGCUGUAAAAUCAAACUGUUCAACUGUCGUCCCAUUGAUGUGGUGACGUCGAUCGAGAUGACCGAAAACCGUAAUGCUACAGUAGUUGAGUCUGCACUUCAACGUUUGGCCUAAACAACAUUCGCUGCCCUCUGUUACCGGUCCGUUGUAAAUGUUCACUGAUAAUCAAUCACUAUGGGAAAGCUGCUUUCCAAAAUUUUUGGUAAUAAAGAGAUGAGAAUACUUAUGCUUGGUUUGGAUGCAGCUGGAAAAACAACUAUCUUGUACAAAUUGAAAUUGGGUCAAUCUGUAACUACAAUACCAACAGUUGGCUUUAAUGUAGAAACAGUUAUUUAUAAAAACGUCAAAAUUAAUGUUUGGGACGUUGGAGGUCAAGACAAAAUACGUCCACUAUGGCGACACUACUACACAGGCACACAAGGUUUGAUCUUUGUAGUGGAUUGUGCAGAUCGUGAUCGUAUAGAUGAAGCUAAGCAAGAACUACAUCGAAUAAUAAAUGACAGAGAGAUGAGGGAUGCAAUCAUUUUAAUAUUUGCCAACAAACAAGACUUGACUAAUGCAAUGAAACCACAUGAAAUACAAGAAAAACUUGGACUAACAAGAAUACGGGAUAGAAAUUGGUAUGUUCAACCAUCGUGUGCUACCACAGGAGAUGGAUUACAUGAAGGCCUUGCUUGGCUCACAUCAAACUUUAAACAAUGAUACCAAAGUAUAACACAAUAUUAUACUUUAAAUAUCAUUAUAAUUUUUUUAAGGAAGCUUAGGACUAAAAGAAAUUCCGAACGUACAAAUUGAGUACAUUACUUGUUAAAUAUAUAUAAAAAUGAACAUCAUUAUUUAAACUAAGAUGUCCAUUUUAAUAAUAACUGCGCUGAGAGGACUGGCCUAAUAAAAUACUGAAUUAUUCACAACUGUUUAAAUAUUAUAAAUAUAAUUUGUAAUAUGUACUGAACAAAAUUGUCAUAAUAUGCUAAAACUGCCUAACUAUCCUUUUGAUGUGUAUAUUUGUAAAUUGAUUCCCGAUCAUUAUCAUUUAUCAGUAUACAUAUUAGCUUAAACAAUAAAAUGUAAGCAAUAUUAUUUAUAUAUACAUAUAUAAAUAUAUAUGUAUGUAAAUUAACUAAUAACGAUAUAAUAUUUGUUCUCGAGUUUAGAAUAUUUUAUCUAGGCCUGUAAAUUAGUAUAUUUAAUAUGUACUAAGUAUCAUAAUAUUUUAUACAUAAAUACAGUUCAUAAUAAUUAGGAUUUUAUUAAAAAAAAAUUGUAAUAAUAUUGUUUCAUGCGUGGAAGAAUCCUAUUUUUUAUUUUUAUUGUUAUUUAUUAUUUUGUACAAAAUAUUGAAUAAAUAUAUAUAAAAAAAAGUA